CCCAUCACACACUCCCGGGGUCAGACACAGAGUGAAUCUCCCUCCACACCGUCCCAUCACACACUCCCCUUGUUACCUCACACAACUGCCUUUGUUACAGAGUGAAUCUCUGUUACAGCUUGCCCGCCCGGCUGGGGAAGCGGAGAGAGCCUCCCCCCUCAGCUACAGGGACGUGCAGGAACUGGAGAAUCUGGCCCAGAACCUGAUUCGGGAGAUGGACAAGCAGCCCGAUGUGCAGACUGGGACUGGCGAGCGCUGCAGCCACUGCGGGAAGGAGCUGUCGCGGGCCCAGGCGGCGGUGAAGGCGAUGGGGGAGCUGUUCCACGUAGAGUGCUUCACCUGCUCCCAGUGCGGCCGCCGGCUGCAGGGACAGCAGUUCUACGAGGUGGGGGGCAGGCCCCUGUGCCAGGAAUGCCACCAGGAAACCCUGGAGAAGUGCAGUGCCUGCGGGCAGCCGAUCCGGGAGAAGAUGCUGCGGGCCACGGGGAAGGCCUUCCACCCCGAGUGCUUCACCUGCGGGGACUGCGGCCGCAGGCUGGAGGGGCAGCCCUUCCUGGUGGACCCUGAGGGCAAGGUGUACUGUGUGGAGGAUUACCACCGGAGAUUUGCCCCCCGCUGCAGUGUGUGCCAGCAGCCCAUCAUCCCCGAGGAGGGGAGGGAGGAGACGCUGAGGAUCGUUGCCCUCGAGAGGAACUUUCACCUCAACUGUUACCGCUGCGAGGACUGCGGGACACAGCUGUCGACGGAGGCCGACGAGAAGGGUUGCUACCCCCUGGACGGCCACAUCCUCUGCCUCGCCUGCCACACCUCCCGGGUGAAGAACACCCAGCCGUGAUCCGCCGGCCCAGCGGGGGCAACGCAGGGAGGGCAGCUGGAGGGUGGUGGGGGGGGAGGAUCGCAAUGCUACUGAACUCCGCGCUGUCCGCGGCUCUGUGCCUGGCCCGUUCCGACACCCCCCCCCCAUCCCCACCCCCAUCUCCCCCCUCCCCGCCCUGUCGGCCCCUCUCCCUCCCUCUCUGUUCUCUCUGCUUUCUUCCCCAUUCUCUCUCUCCUCUCCAUCCCUCCCUCCCUCCCCUCUCUCUGUUACCCUCUCAAUCGCUCUCCCUUCCCUCCCCUCUCUCUCCUCGAUACCUCUGUCUCCCUCUCUCCUUUCUCUCUCUCCCUCCCUCUCCUUUAUCUCUCUGCCUCUCUCACUCUCACCCUCUCUCCCUCUUCCCCCCUCCCUGCCCUCCACCCCGUAUCCCUCUCCUUCACCCCCCGUUUCCUCUCUCUGUGGCCCAUCCCCCCACUCUGUCUCCCUCUCUCCUUUCUUUAUCUCUGCCUCUCCCUCUCUCCCUCUACCCCGUAUCUCUCCUUCUCCACCCCUUUCCUCUCUUUACAGCCCAUCCCCCACUCUCCCUUAUCUCUCUGCCUCACUCUCUCUCUCUCUCUCCCUCUACCCCCCUCUCCCUGCCCUCCACCCCGUAUCCCUCUCCUUCACCCCCCGUUUCCUCUCUCUGUGGCCCAUCCCCCCACUCUGUCUCCCUCUCUCCUUUCUUUAUCUCUGCCUCUCCCUCUCUCCCUCUACCCCGUAUCUCUCCUUCUCCACCCCUUUCCUCUCUUUACAGCCCAUCCCCCACUCUCCCUUAUCUCUCUGCCUCACUCUCUCUCUCUCUCUCCCUCUACCCCCCUCUCCCUGCCCUCUACCCCGUAUCCCUCUCCUUCUCCCCCCCCCCCGCUUUCCUCUCUCUAUGGCCCAUCCCCCCCUCACCCCCGACACACGGCCAUUGCAGACUCACAGAUGCAGAUGAUUGGCUUUUCUAUUUGUAAGAAUUCACAAAAGGAUAACAUUGGUUUUACGAAAUUUGA